UAUGUUUUAAAAUUUGUUGAAUCCGGUUGAUUUGGUUUAAAUGGCGAGCUAUGCGCUGCGAAUGAACCAUUAAUAGAGUGACAACAUCUGCUACUUAAUUGUCAAUAGAUAGCGUGUCAUUCAAAAAAAUAAAAAAUAAAUAUAAAUAAAAAAGUAAUCGCUUUGAAGUAAUAAUUAUUAAUAAAAAGUGGUCAGUAUUUGCUUUUGUAUAAUGCUCGCGUUUCAGGAUGAGUUUACACGCGCUGAGGCAGACGCAAUCGAAAGUGAAUUUCAGCGUAUAAAAGAUAACGUAUAUCUAGAUCAUGCCGGUACCACACUUUAUCCCGAAAGCUUAAUUGAUGCAUCGGGUAAGGUGCUUAAGGAAAAUCUAUUUUGCAAUCCACAUACUUGCAAGGUGACCGGAGAUCUCAUAGACCAGGCACGCUACCGUAUCCUACAGCACUUCAAUACAGACGCCACUGAAUAUGCGCUGAUAUUCACCGCUAAUGCCACUGCGGCCUUGAAGCUGGUCGGUGAAUGCUUUAAUUUCGGUGAAGAUGCAAAUAGCACGGGUGCCUUUUACUACUGCCAGGAGAAUCACACCUCCAUUUUGGGUAUGCGCGAAGUGGUGCGCACCAAUCGCCUAUAUGUUUUAACGAAAGAUGAAAUUUUGAAAAAUCUAAAUAAUACUAACGGUUUUAGUAAAAAUGGUGCUGUUCAAGAAAUAAGCGCAAAUGCCAAAAACGAGUUGAAGUGUAACUCGCUGGUUGCUUACUCGGCGCAAUGUAACUUUAGUGGCUAUAAAAUGCCACUGGACACCAUCGAAGCAAUACAAAAGUAUGGUUUGGUGGAGCAUGGCACACAAAUUAGCGAUAAAGCCAAAGUAGCAGCAGCAGACAGUAAUUAUUAUAUUUGCCUGGACACUGCCUCCUACGUAGCGACUAAUUUUCUGGAUCUGCGAAAGUAUAAGCCAGAUUUUUGUUGCAUUUCAUUUUAUAAAAUGUUUGGUUUUCCUACGGGUGUCGGUGCUUUAUUGGUGAGUAAACGCGGUCAAUCUGUGCUGCACAAAAGUUACUACGGCGGCGGUACUGUUAACAUAGCAAUGACGCGUCAAAAUUUCCACGAAAAACGCGCAAACUUUACAACACGCUUCGAAGAUGGUACGGUACCUUUCCUUAGCAUCACUUCGUUACUUGAAGGUUUUCGUACACUGGAGCGUCUAGUGCCUGCAACCGUGAAACAAAGGUCUGCGCAACGUAUUAGUGCACACGUGUAUGGACUGGCCAAAUACGCUCAUGACGCACUCGCCGCAUUAAAACACACAAACGGUGCGCCACUAAUUGAAUUCUACAAUCAUAACGGUUAUAAUGACAUAGCGCUGCAAGGUGGCGUCGUCACGUUCAAUGUGUUACACGAUGAUGGCACAUAUGUGGGUUUCGCCGAAGUCAGCUGCAUUGCUGCAGUGCAUAAUAUACUGAUACGCACGGGUUGUUUCUGUAAUCCGGGCGCUUGUCAAUGGUUUUUGCGCCUGUCAAACGCCGAUAUACGCAAACAAUACGAGGCGGGUCAUGUUUGCAGUGAUUUUACCGAUCUUGUUGAUGGCAUGCCAACCGGCGCAGUGCGCAUGUCUUUCGGCUAUAUGACACGCGUUACCGACGUGGACAAGGCGGUGGCGAUGAUACGCGAUUGCUAUCUAACAACAGCAGCAGCACGUUUACGCAUCAUGGAAAGCGCAAAACUGCCGGACGCGCUGCGUCAUGUGCCACAACGCUUACGGCCGCAGUUGAAACGCAUUUGCAUCUAUCCAAUUAAAUCGUGUGGCGCUUUUGAUAUAACAACCGCUUGGCCGCUUACGAAUAGUGGCUUUAAAUACGAUCGCAGCUGGAUGAUUGUCGAUGUCAAUGGUAUGGCCAUUACGCAGAAGCACUUUACGCGAUUGUGUUUAAUAAGACCGAUCGUGAAGUUGAAGGAGGAUAUUUUGGAGUUACGUUUUCCCGGCAUGUCAGCUGUACAGGUGCCGUUGCAAAUGGACGCUGUGAGUGCAGCAAACCGCAUCGAGUCUUCGUUCUGUCAAAGUAAAGUCUGCAAUGAUUUGGUGGAAGGGCUGGAUUGCGGCGAGGAAGUGGGUAACUGGCUCUCGGAUUGCUUGGAAACCACUGGUUUGCGUUUAGUGCGUCAAAAUGCCGAACGUCGUACGCAGGAUGGUGUGUCGAAAGAUAUCAGCCUCGCAAAUCAAGCGCAAUUUUUACUCGUAAAUCGCGCCUCAGUGCGUUGGUUAGCGAAUAAGGUGGAAACGGAGAAAGAACCACUGGAUUAUACGGUAGAUCGUUUUCGCGGGAAUUUAAUAUUGGAAACUGCAAGCCCGUUCGAGGAAAAUUCAUUUGAGGAAAUCAGCAUUGGCGGUGUUGAUUUCAAGGUCGACGGUUUUUGUACGCGUUGUCAAAUGAUUUGUAUUGAUCAGCAUAGUGGUCAAAAGACUAACGAGCCGCUACGCACAAUUGCGCGUGAAUUUGGUGGUAAAAUACGUUUUGGCAUUUAUUUAUCGCUUAAGACACCGCAAACGGAAAAUGCACUUGUUUCAUGCAGUGAAGAGGUGCGAAUUAAAAAGCAGGAGGAGCAUGAAGCGGAACAAUGAAUAGUAGAACAUGACAGUAUAUAACAAACAUCACAACUUAAUUUUAACUACAUAUUGAGCUAAAAUAUGUAUAAUUAAAUGCAUUUUAAUGCCUUCUAAAAAUUUAAAAAUUUUUGACGUGCACAAAUGUACAUAAAAAUGUCAGUACCAUAAAUACAGAAGUUUGCCAGUAUAUUUUGCCUUAAAUAAUAUUAAUAUUUAUAUGUAAAUACGCAAAUUAGGAAGAAGUAUUAUCCUUUAAUUGAGAUAUUUACAAAAUGUGCAUCACAAAAAUUGUAAAAAUAAAGCAUUUACUAAAAUA